UUUUUGAUUCAUUUGUCGCCCAUCUUUGGACAUGGACACGACGUCGGUCCGGUCCAUGUUCAUGUCUAUAUGAAAUCCUUGCGGCAUACUACGCGAUUCACGGCUUACUACUUCGUUCACGGCACUACCUCAUUCACGGCACACUACAUCAUUCACAACAUCUACUCAACGGCAAUAUGACCUUGCCGUGGAAGGUUCCAAUGUGUCAUAAGGUCCUAAUGUAUCAUAAGGUUCCAAUGUGUCAUAAGCAAUUUGACAAGGAGUUUGCUAAUUCAUUUAAUCCAAUUUCUGAAUCUAGUACUAUACAACUAGAUGAAAUAAAUGGUGAUAAUUUAUUAAUAGAAGAAAUUAUCGAUCUUUCAAAUCCGGCAUUUAUUGGUAACAAUAAUUUGUUUAUCGAAGAACAAGGCAAGACAAAUAACAUUUCUAACGGUUGA